AUGACCACCACCAUUGCCUCCGCUGCCACCACGGCCUCUGAGAUCACCAGCAGCACUACCUCCGCUGCUGCCACCACCACUGCUGCCGCAACCACCACCGCUUCGUCCACUUCCUCUACGAGCGCCACAUCCACAUCAACCGGCAGCACUUCUACCUCCUCCUCUGCCUCUGGCUCCUCCAGCACCACUGCCUCGACACUCAGCACCGUCACCAGCUCCGCGUCCGGGACCUCCACCGGCACUUCGACCAGCGCUUCGUCCACGAGCACCGGUUCCGCCACUGCCACCAUCACCCCGUGCGCCACCAACUGCACCGUCUUCACCUCCACCGACGGCUCCUCCAUCUUCGGCGGCUCCUUCGCCCUCGCCUUCAUCAUCCUCAUCUCCGCCAACGCCAUCGCUUUGUUCAUCAUGCUAAAACGCGACGCCGCCAAGGACAGGAGGCGCCUGGCCGCUCUCUCCAAGGCUGAGACCGCUGCUUAG